CGCGUUGUCAGGGGCUGUGAAGGAGAAGUGGCGCUGGCCGCGGUGACCGGGUGAUUGCGACUCUCAGCCGAACCGGCGCCCCCCCCUCCUCCUCCUCCCUGUCUUUCUCCUCCUCCUCCUUCUUCUUCUUCUACCCCCUCCCUCCCUCUUUCUCCCCUUCUCGCUUCGCUCUCAAGGCGUGGGCUGGGCUUUGCUGGGCGGACAACGAGAGAUGCCGGUCCGCACCGAGGCGGCCUCGCUCAUCCCGCCGCCUCCGAUCAACACUCAGCAGCCCGGAGUCGCCACCACACUCCUGUACAGCGGCUCCAAGUUCAGGGGACACCAAAAAAGCAAAGGCAACUCCUACGACGUGGAAGUGGUAUUGCAGCACGUUGACGUCGAAAACUCUUUUCUCUGUGGAUACCUAAAGAUCAAAGGGCUCACAGAGGAAUAUCCCACUCUUACCACUUUUUUUGAAGGAGAAAUUAUCAGUAAAAAACAUCCAUUUUUAACAAGAAAAUGGGAUGCAGAUGAAGAUGUAGAUCGAAAACAUUGGGGGAAAUUCUUGGCAUUUUACCAAUAUGCAAAAACUUUUAACUCUGAUGAGUUUGACUAUGAAGAGCUAAAGAUCAGUGAUUUUGUCUUCAUGAGGUGGAAGGAACAAUUUCUAGUCCCUGAUCACACAAUCAAAGAUAUCAGCGGUGCUUCCUUCGCAGGCUUUUAUUACAUUUGCUUCCAAAAAUCCACGGCUUCAAUAGAGGGCUAUUACUACCACAGGAGUUCAGAAUGGUAUCAGUCUUUAAAUCUGACACAUGUACCUGAACACAGCACUCCGAUCUAUGAGUUCCGGUGACGUUCAUCAAUGCGGCCUCCAACAGUUGGGGGAAGAGUCGAUAAAUAGUGGAACUGUUGAAGAGGUAGAGAGAGAAAUGUGUUCUGUAACAAUGAGAACAAUUAUGUUUCUCCGCUGCUGACAGACCGACCACAACGUGAUGAGGAGCUCGAGCAUCAAUAAACCAAUCCAAGUGCAUGACUGUUGGAGCUUGUGAUCACCGAGCAAAAGAAAACUCCAUUUUAAUCUCAUUUGUAAUGCUAAUGGCACUUACAGAUUUUCAAAUUUGGUCUUUGAUUUAUAAAGUUCUUCUUGUACUUCGAACUUGUUGUACACGAACUGGCAACGAGCCAAUAGUAUGAGAGCUGUGUGCUAUUGUUGUUUUUGUUUCUUUCCCCCUUUUUUUUUUUGCUGUUGCUAUUUUUAUACAUUGCUAAUCAAGCUUGAACUCUUUAGAUGGCAGUGGUCCUUUUUAUCUAUGCUGCUGGUGCUGUUGCACAUGUUCUGUACUAGGGUUUUUAUGGGAGAACAGAAGUGGCCUUAUCCUAACAGAGCAAUUGUUUAGAUACCACAAAACAGUAUUGGAGGGAGAGGUGAAGUUUAAAUACAAUACUCGAUGAAUGAAUAAAAAAUCUUGACCUUUGUAAGACUCGGGUUGUAUGGAACAUUUCUGAAAUGGCAUGCCUGGCAGUGUGUUAGUAAGGCCUAUGACCUAACUGGGAAGCUAUAGGGAAUAAAUCAAACCUUUUGGAAAAUAGUUGCCAGGCUAUAGCUUUGUAAUUUUCUGUUAACACAUGCUGUGUGUGGCGUUUUGAGUUAUUUUUUGUGUAUGUCACAGGUGUGUGCGUGUGUGUUGUUGGUGCUAUCUCAGCUUUCACAGAAGGAUACUGUGUGCCUUUAAUGAUGUAAAUCCAUAAGGAAUUACAGAAAUAUUCAAUUUACAUUGCAUUAGUAGGAAAUUCCAUGCACAGUAUAUUGCUCAUUGGAGGUUAUGGGUGGCAGCCCCCCGCAACCCCUUCAAGGAAAGCCUUUGUGCUAAGCCUGUGCAAAGUAUUGGAUCAUAUUCCGUGUGCUAGAGAGAAACAAAACAAAUCUACCUUGGAUCUAGCCAGGGGUCGAACCAGCUAGUGGAUGGUGGAUGUUGCACUUAAAUAGUGGAUGAUGGAGAGAAAUGGUUUCCAAAUUGGACAGCCUAUUAAUAUAAUUUUUAAAAUAUAGAUGUUUUAAUAAAAUUGGUGCAAAGAUAAUUCUUCUUGAGCUGUUGAUGACAAGAUGCAAGGGAUUAACAUUCUCAUAAUAAUUGUCACUUUCAAAAAUUUAAUUGCGCAAUAACAUUCUAAUAGAAUACCAUGUUAUAACUAAAUCUAAUGGCUAUGAUGGGAUUUAAUUGAACAAAAUUGUUAUGUUUGCAAUUUUGUAGCUAGUAUUUCAUGUAAUUUUGAACAUUUUAACAUUCACAAUAACACUUGGGGUGGCAUCUUGUGUAAAGUUAGAAAAAAAAAAUGCAUCUCUAAUAAUCCAGUGACAGACAGAGAAAUAUAGUGCCAUUUUUACAAAAUUAUAUUGCACCAGCUUUUUAUGUCCAGUCUUUAAAUUGUUGAAUCCUGAUAAAUGCUUUACUGAUUUGCCAAGGGAGAUGAUAAUGCCUGUGUGUGGAACAAGGAACUGCAGAUGUUGGUUUACAGAAAAAAAACCUCAAAGUGGCACAGCCAGUCAGGCGGCAUCCCUGGAGAACGUGAAUAGAUAAUGUUUUGGGUUGGGUCUGAAGAAAGGACAUGUCCUGAAACAUAAUUUAUCCACGUUCUCCAGGGAUGCUGCCUGACCUGCUGAAUAAAUGCAACACUUUGUGUCUUUUUUUAUAUAACGCCUCUUGGCAUGUUUAUGUGUACGUUUGAGUGUAAAUGGGAAGAGGAAGUUUAUCUAUGGAUCAAGAUUACGCUUGGAUAAAGGAGCCUCUCUUAAAAUAUUUGAAUAAACUCUAAUUUUUGAACCCCACGUCAAAAAGUGAGGGCAGCGUUUUGCUUUAUACUACCCCAGUGUUUUUUUUUUUGGAAAAUAGGAAUUUUUAAUUUCACAUAGUUCAAGACUUCUGAAUUUUGCAUAUUUUUGGAAUUCCAAUAAAUAAGCUGAAAAUGUGUUUUUUUUUUAUUUAAAACAUGAAGAGGUGUGUAAGUGCGAGGAAAGAUUGCUGAAUAGGGUGAGACAGCCCAUGUACAUUGAGUCUGACCUGUUGAUACUUGAGAGAGUGACUAAUUGGAUUGAAAGUGAGUUGAUUUUAUUGUAUAAAUCAGAGCACGGGAAUGAGUGUUUUAUUACUUUACACUGUUCAUGAGACUUCAGGAGCUUUAAGUUGCAGAUCUGUGGUGACAUUAACGAGGAUAUUGCAUCCAAUAAAGGUCCUGUGAAAGAC